AAAAAAAAGAGGGAAUAAGAAGAGAAAGACCCAAGUGAAAAAUAUCUCCUCCCUUCUCUCUCUCUUUCCUGUUGACCUCUUCGUUGACAAUCCAAGCCGGUCGCCGGAUAAAUGGUUCCGGUGACCGGAAAAUUGCAGAAAAGCCCUCGUACUUCCACCAAUUCGCGAUAAUCCCUCCAGCGGCUUCGGAUUUUCCCAUUUCAUGGAUUCCGACGACGACUACGAGACCAGAGCGAGUAAGCGAAACUUCCCCUUCCUAAUACUCCGCUGGUCUCUCGCUCUCAUUCUCCAUACCCUUUCGUUCUUCGUCCUCUCCUUCUUCGUCGGCCUCGUAGCAAUUUUUCUCGCCAAUUCUUCAGUCUCCAGCCCGAUCUCGGUGCCUUCCCAGUGCAAGAUCGUCUCCAGCAGUGUGGAUCUUAGGUCAUCCAAAGUCUGCGAACUCGGGCUACUUAACUACAAAGCCAAGCAUGUGUUUUACCCUUUUGGGAAAAAUAAAUUUCGCUGUCGCUAUGAUUAUUAUUGGGCUUCCGUGUUUAAGGUGGAAUAUAAGGAUCUGUCAUCAGGUGUCAAUCGAUUUGCAUCUGCGGAGGCUCCAAAUGAGGCCCUUCCUUUAAACUGCAGACCUAAUUUCGGUGCGGCCUGGUUGAACAAAGAUAAAUUCAAGGUGAAUGAAACGUAUGACUGCUGGUACACACAUGGAAUUCCCAAAGUAAGCUUACCAGAUGAUGGAUUUUUCAGUUGCCAAGCAAAUGAUCCAUCGACCUUUGAGAUGAUCAAGAGAUAUUCAAUCCUAUCGGUGAAGGUGCUACAGUCCUGGCUUUUAAGCCGGGAAAAAUCAAAGCAUUGGAGGUGGGAUGUGCUGGCUGGAGUUUUCGUUGGUUUCUCAACCUCCUUGAUCUCGAUCACCUUCGUUGUGUUCCUGCGACAACUGAAGUCUUCACUAUUCUCCGCUGCGAAAUCUCUUCUGCGAGCUUUUCUUAGAAUCACCUUCACCCGCGCUUGCUUCCUUGUUGUAUACUUCUCUGUUAUGGCUUGGCUGGCUGUCCAGUAUGGGAAAAGGAUUGGCCUCUUGGAGAUUUUCACAAUUUUCAACAGCUAGGCAGCACUGUUUUUAUGGUCAAAGUGCUGUUUCUUUUUUCCCUUUGCGGGAUCUUUGAAUUUGCAGUGUUGUAAUUGCAUAAAGAACUCGUAGAUAUACAAUUUGUUGCUUAUUGUACUCGGUGAUGACUGAUGAUAUAGAUAGAAUAGAAUAACGUUGAGCCAAGAAGAGGGUUUGUACUGGGAUCGUUGUCCUAAAUAAGAAAUUGUACAAAAAAUUCUUGAAAAUUUGGU